AUGAUCACCAACGUCGACGAGAAAGAGAACUUCGCGCGCAUGCAGCGCGGCGAGCUCUACUACGCUUUCUCGCCUGACCUCGUAGCCGCGCGAAGGCGAUGCACUAGGAUCAUUAGUCGCCUCAACAACUCCGACGAGCUAAGCCGUCGACAGAUGGCCGAAUUCUGGAGAGAAAUAACCAACGACCCAACACCCCUCCCCGAACCCAGCUCAUCCAACCCGUCUGAAGAAUCAGAAGACGCCACCCUCCACGCCUACCCCUGGAUCGAACGCCCCCUAGCCAUGGACUACGGCACGAACGUCAAAGUCGGCAGCAACGUAUUCAUCAACUUCAACUGCACGUUCGUGGACACGUGCUUGGUAUCCAUCGGCUCGCGAACGCUCGUCGGCCCGAACGUCUCGUUCUAUAGCGGUACGCAUCCUACGGACCCGUAUUUGCGGAAUGGGACGAAUGGACCCGAGUCCGGGAAGCCGAUUACUGUUGGCGAGGACUGUUGGAUUGCGGGCAAUGUGACGAUUUUGCCAGGAGUGACGAUUGGGGAGGGAUCCACGGUUGGGGCUGGGAGUGUGGUUACUAAGGAUGUGCUUCCAUUUCAUGUUGUGGCGGGGAAUCCGGCGAAAGUUAUUCGAAAGAUCGAACCUAUGGCCAAGCCGCAAAAAUAG